GAAAUAAGUUAAGACUGGACGUGCUUGAAGCCUACCGUACCAGCUACAGACUUUGUACAAGAGACUAUUAUCACUAGACGGUUUCCUGUAUUAAGAGACAACCCCAAGGCAUCCUUCAAACGCUGCUUCUCCAUUUCUGUUUGAAGGCCACUUCUGUUAAGCCUCGGCAUUUGCACAUCGGGAACAUUUUGGUGUGAUUAAAGCUUUGAUUUAAAAAUGCCCAGAAAAAGCAUAGACUAUGGGGCGCUCCCAGAGUAUGAGAAGAGCCAGAUCAAGAGGACCCUGGAGCUGGGAACAGUUAUGACCGUGUACAGUCUCAAGAAGUCUAACCCAGAAAGAAGGACCAUUCAAGUCAUAAUGGAAACCAGACAGGUAGCUUGGAGCAAGACGGCUGACAAGAUUGAGGGUUUCUUGGAUUUGAUGGAAAUAAAGGAAAUUCGCCCAGGGAAAAAUUCAAAGGACUUUGAGCGAGGGAAAGCAAAGCAGAAAGAUGAACAUUGCUUCACUAUUUUUUAUGGUACCCAAUUUGUUCUCUGCACAUUAAGCUUAGCAGCCGAUUCUAAAGAUGAUACUGAUAAAUGGCUGUGCGGCUUGAAUAUCUUGCAUCAAGAGGUUAUGAGUGCUCCCACACCUGCAAUCACAGAGAGCUGGCUGAGAAAGCAGAUCUAUUCAGUUGAUCAGACAAGAAGGAACAGUAUCAGCAUUAGGGAACUGAAGACCAUACUUCCACUAGUAAACUUCAAAGUAGGCAGCAUGAAGUUUUUGAAGGAUAAGUUUGUGGAAGUGGGAGCACCCAAGGAAGAUCUUAGUUUUGAACAAUUUCACUUGUUCUACAAGAAAAUUAUGUUUGAACAACAGAGAUCGAUUCUUGACGAAUUCAAAAAGGAUUCUUCUGUGUUCAUUCUUGGAAAUACUGACCAUCCAAACGCUUCAGCAGUCCAUCUGCAUGACUUCCAGAGAUUUCUGCUACACGAGCAGCAGGAAUCUUGGGCACAGGAUAUCAGUAAAGUCAGAGAACGAAUGACAAAGUUUAUAGAUGACACUAUGAGAGAAACUGCUGAGCCUUUCCUCUUUGUUGAUGAGUUUCUCACUUACCUUUUCUCAAAAGAAAACAGUAUUUGGGAUGAUAAAUAUGAUGCAAUAGAUGCCCAGGAUAUGAAUAACCCUUUGUCCCACUACUGGAUCUCUUCCUCUCACAACACAUACCUCACGGGGGACCAGCUUCGAAGUGAAUCCUCCACAGAAGCUUAUAUCAGGUGCCUUCGCAUGGGAUGUCGCUGUAUUGAGUUGGAUUGCUGGGAUGGUCCUGAUGGGAAACCGAUAAUUUAUCAUGGAUGGACUCGGACAACAAAAAUCAAAUUUGAUGAUGUGGUGCAGGCCAUCAAGGAUCAUGCGUUUGUCACAUCUGACUUCCCUGUGAUCCUCUCGAUUGAAGAGCAUUGCAGUGUGGAACAGCAGCGACACAUGGCCAAAGUGUUCAAGGACGUAUUUGGGGACCAGCUUCUGACAAAGCCCAUUGAAGCCAGUGCAGAUCAGCUGCCAUCGCCAACUCAGCUGAAAGAGAAAAUUAUCAUUAAGCACAAAAAGCUGGGACCUAAGGGAGACGUAGAUGUGAACCCGGAAGACAAAAAGGAGGAGAAAAAGCAACAAGGAGAACUUUACAUGUGGGAUAGCAUUGAACAGAAAUGGACCCGACACUACUGCGCUGUUGCUGAUGAAAAGCUUUCAUUUGGCGAUGAUAUAGAACAGAACGCCGAUGAAGAUCCACAAAAGGACGUGAAACGUACUGAGCUGCACUUACGUGAGAAAUGGUUCCAUGGGAAAAUGAAAGAGGGGAGGACCACUGCCGAGAGGUUGCUUCAGGAAUAUUGUGCAGAGAUGGGGGGCAAGGACGGCACUUUCCUUGUUCGGGAGAGUGAAGCUUUCCCCGAUGACUGCACUCUGUCGUUCUGGAGGUCAGGUCGUGUCCAGCAUUGCCGCAUCCGUUCUUCUUCAGAAGGGGGAGUCAUGAAAUAUUACCUGACCGACAACCUCAUCUUUGAUAGUAUCUACGAUCUCAUUCAACACUACAAGGAAGCCAACUUGCGAUGUGCGGAGUUUGAGCUGCGUCUGACCGAUGCUGUGCCCAAUCCCAGCCCCCAUGAAACUAAGGACUGGUACUACAGUAACCUGAGCCGAGGAGAAGCAGAAGACAUGUUGAUGCGAAUUCCUCGAGAUGGAGCAUUUUUGAUUAGAAAGAGAGAUGAGCCUGAUUCAUUUGCCAUGACUUUCAGAGCUGAGGGGAAAGUGAAGCACUUCCGCAUUAAACAAGAAGGCCGCCACUUUUUGCUUGGAACCUCUGCCUAUUUUGAAAGCUUAAUCGAGCUGGUGACCUACUAUGAAAAGCAUCCGCUGUACAGGAAAAUGAAAUUGCGUUACCCGGUGACUGAGGAACUGUUGAAUCGCUACAGCACGGAAAAAGAUAUCAACUCGCUGUAUGAUGUCAAGAUGUACGUGGACCCCAAUGAAAUAACCCCUGCAGUGCCUCAGAGAACAGUGAGAGCCUUAUAUGACUACAAAGCCAAAAGAAGUGAUGAGCUGACUUUCUGCCAAGGGGCUUUAAUUCAUAAUGUCACAAAGGAAACAGGAGGAUGGUGGAAAGGAGACUAUGGAGAAAAAGUCCAGCACUAUUUUCCAUCCAAUUACGUGGAGGACAUGUCAUCUGUUAACGCUGCAGAACUUGAAAGCCAGAUCAUUGAGGACAAUCCUUUGGGAGCUCUGUGUCGUGGUAUACUGGUCCUCAAUACAUAUAAUGUUGUGAAAAUGCCACAAGGGAAGCAUGAUAAGCCUUUUGUCUUCAUGCUGGAACCAAAGAAUCCAGAAAAUCCCCCUGUUGAAUUUGCGACUGAUAAAGUGGAAGAGUUAUUUGAAUGGUUCCAGAGUAUCAGGGAAAUCACAUGGAAAACGGCAGAAGAGGAGAAUAGGAGGAAGUAUUGGGAAAAGAAUCAGUUAAUUGCUAUUGAGCUCUCUGAUCUGGUUAUCUACUGCAGGCCUACAAGCAAAACCAAGGACAACUUAGAAAACCCUGAUUUCCGAGAAAUCCGUUCUUUUGUGGAAAACAAGGCUGAAGGCAUUGUUAAGCAGAAACCUGUUGAGCUCUUGAACUACAACCAGAAAGGACUGACACGGGUCUACCCUAAAGGACAGAGGGUUGACUCAUCCAAUUACGACCCCUUUCGCCUCUGGCUUUGCGGUUCACAGAUGGUGGCUCUUAAUUUCCAGACUCCAGAUAGGUACAUGCAGUUGAACCAUGCCUUGUUUUCGCUUAAUGGGCGGACUGGAUAUGUUCUGCAGCCUGAAACCAUGAGAAAUGAGGACUAUGAUCCAAUGCCAAAUGAAUCAAAGAGGAAAUUACAGAUGAUUCUGACAGUGAGGGUUCUAGGUGCUCGUCAUCUACCUAAACCUGGCAGAAGUAUCGCCUGUCCAUUUGUAGAAGUGGAAAUUUGUGGGGCCGAAUAUGAUACGAACAAAUUCAAGUCUACGGUUGUGAACGACAAUGGCCUUAACCCGGUAUGGGCGACAUGUUCGGAGCAAGUGAAGUUUGAAAUUUAUGAUCCUAACCUGGCAUUUCUGCGCUUCGUGGUUUACGAGGAGGAUAUGUUCAGUGAUCCCAACUUCUUAGCCCACGCCACCUUUCCCAUCAAAGGAAUCAAGUCAGGCUAUAGGUCAGUCCCUCUCAAGAAUGGUUAUAGUGAAGACAUAGAGCUGGCUUCCCUUCUGGUUUACUGUGAGAUGCAGCAAGUUCUGGAAAGCGAGGAAGAACUUUACUCCUCGUGUCGACAGCUUCGGAAGCGCCAAGCAGAACUGAACAACCAGCUGUUCUUGUACGACACCCAUGUGAAUUACAGGAACCCGAAUAGAGACGCCCUAUUGAGCGAGUUGAGCGUGAAUGAAAACCAGCUACAGUUGUACCAAGACACGUGCAACAGGAGAUUAAAGGAGAAGAAAGUCAGUAACAGCAAAUUCUACUCCUAAGGAAGGUAUUCUCUUCGUUGCACCUUUACUAACGUCACUCAGGAGGCGGCAUUCAUUUGCUCCGGACAUCCUACUCAAUGAACAUUUUGUUG